AUGUAUGUCAAAUCAAAUUCACAAUUGGAAGUGAGUGAUGAAGGUGCUACGCAGGCGCAAAUUGACCUUUCGGUUGAAGAACCCGUCGGUCACAUAUCACUUCAAGCCGUAGCUAAACCCCCCACCAACACAAUGGGCGACAUUGAGGAUACACACUUCGAGACCGGGGACUCGGGCGCCUCCGCCACCUUCCCGAUGCAAUGCUCGGCCCUUCGCAAGAACGGCUUUGUGAUGCUGAAGGGCCGCCCCUGCAAGAUUGUUGAAAUGUCCACCUCCAAGACUGGGAAGCACGGCCACGCUAAAGUCCACUUGGUGGGCAUAGAUAUUUUCAACGGCAAGAAAUACGAGGACAUCUGCCCCUCCACCCACAACAUGGACGUGCCGCACGUGAAGCGCGAGGACUACCAGCUGACGGACAUCUCGGACGACGGCUACCUCACCCUGAUGGCGGACAACGGAGACCUGCGCGAGGACCUCAAGAUCCCCGACGGCGACCUCGGCACCCAGCUCCGCUCCGACUUCGACAGCGGCAAGGAGCUGCUGUGCACUGUGCUCAAGUCCUGCGGUGAAGAGUGCGUCAUUGCAGUCAAGGCAAACACAGCUCUCGACAAA